CCGAGUGUGAGAGUGAUGACCCCGGCGGCUGUAUAUACCUCACCUCCCGAGUCGGAGGUGUUUGAGAUCACUGACUUCACUACGGCCUCAGAAUGGGAGAGGUUUAUUUCCAAAGUCGAAGAAGUCCUGAAUGACUGGAAGCUGAUAGGAGUAGCGCCAAAGAAGACCCCAGAUAAGGGAGAGUAUACAAACGGUGUGUGGGAAGAGAAAGGAGAAGAAGUUUUAUUUGCCGACUUCAAGUUCUCCUUAAAACACCAUUAUCUAGUGCAAAACUCUGGCGAAAGAGAAGAGAAAGACGAUGAAGUGGAAGAUUCCCUCCCUGUCUCCAUGCAAGACUUGCUGUGCACCAACAAUGACUUCCCACCGAUCGCUCACUGCCUGGUGCGAUGGUACGGCCUGCGUGAGUUUGUAGUCAUUUCUCCAGCUGCUAAUGAUGCCGUUAUCAGCGAAUCCAAGUGCAAUCUGCUCCUCAGCUCUGUGUCUAUUGCUCUCGGAAAUACUGGCUGCCAGGUGCCAGUCUUUGUGCAAAUUCAUCAGAAAUGGAGGAAACUUUACGUGGGCGAGUGCCAAGGGCCGGGCGUGCGCACAGACUUCGAGAUGGUGCAUUUGCGGAAAGUGCCGAAUCAGUACACGCAUCUGUCGGGACUUCUGGACAUCUUCAAGUCCAAAAUUGGAUGUCCACUUACUGCAUUGCCUCCCAUAAACAUCGCCAUCCGCUUCACGUACGUGCUGCAAGACUGGCAGCAGUAUUUCUGGCCCCAGCAGCCCCCAGACAUCGAUGCUGUGGUGGGUGGAGAAGUUGGGGGUCUGGAGUUUGGAAAGCUACCCUUUGGCGCCUGUGAAGACCCAAUAAGUGAAUUGCACUUGGCGACCACUUGGCCCUGCCUGACCGAAGGCAUCAUAGUGGACAACGACGUGUACUCGGAUUUGGAUCCGCUGCAAGCUCCGCAGUGGUCGGUCCGAGUGAGAAAAGCAGAUAACCCGCAGUGUAUGUUAGGCGAUUUUGUUUCAGAGUUUUUUCGACUUUGCCGCCGUAAAGAAUCCACCGAUGAGCUUCUCGGCAAAUCUGCCUUUGAGGAAAACGGAAAAGACGCAGCUGAUAUUAGCCAGGCUCUGUCAAAGCUCACCGAGCCGGCACCAGUCCCCAUACACAAGCUGUCUGUCACCGGCAUGGUGAGCAGCGCCAGGAAGAAGAUCCGCAAGCACCGAGGGGCAGAUGAGACCCCACUCAGCAGCGACGUCCUGAACGCCAUUUUAUUUUUCCUGUUUCCAGAUGCGAAAUCCCUGGAUGGAGCGGAGUCGAGGACCGGCGGCAAUAAUGGCGAUACAGCAGCCCAGCCAGAGAGCGAGGACUAUAACCUGUACAGCCAGCUCAAGUCCGCGCCACCCGACAGCCUGACGUACAAGCUGGCGCUGUGCCUCUGUAUGGUCAACUUCUACCACGGAGGGGUGCGAGGGGUGGCGCACCUGUGGCAAGAGUUCGUGCUGGAGAUGCGCUAUCGGUGGGAGAACAAUUAUCUCGUCCCCGGAUUAAGCAGUGGCCCCCCAGAUCUGAAGUGCUGCUUACUCCACCAGAAGCUCCAGAUGCUGAACUGCUGCAUUGAGAGGAAGAAGGCGAGAGAUAACAGCAAAAAGGGGAACACCCCCGACUCCUCCGAUUCAGCCCUCAAUAGACCGGCAAGUAAUUCAAUGAACUCUGCUGCAGACCUGGAGAAAAAUAAGUACGAGGUGGGCAAGUCCUGGGAAUCCUGGAGUGACAGCGAGGACGAGUUUUUCGAGUGUCACAGUGACACGGAGGAAUUGAAGGAAAGCGGGCAAGAAGCGGCAAAGAAGUCGACCAAAGAAGAGGUGAAGGAGAUGCUGAAACCCGACGGGCGCUUACACCAGUCUGGAAACCUGACCUUAUUGCACAUUGAAGAGCCGCUGUAUAUUCCCAUCACACAGGAGCCAGCACCUAUGACAGAAGACCUGCUGGAGGAACAGUCUGAGGUCUUGGCUAAAUUGGGAACCUCCGCAGAAGGGGCGCACCUCCGGGCACGGAUGCAAAGUGCCUGCUUGCUGUCAGACAUGGAAUCAUUCAAGGCUGCGAACCCCGGCUGUUGCCUGGAGGACUUUGUCCGGUGGUACUCCCCACGGGAUUACGUCGAGGAGGAAGUGGUGGAUGAAAGCGGCAACAAAGUUAUCAAAGGGGAACUGAGCGCGAGGAUGAAAAUCCCCAAUAACAUGUGGGUGGAAGCCUGGGAGACGGCCAGACCAACCCCUGUCCGCCGACAGCGCAGAUUAUUCGAUGACACCAAGGAGGCAGAAAAGGUUCUCCAUUACCUGGCCGUCCAGAAGCCGGCAGACCUGACCCGGCAUCUCCUCCCAUGCGUCUUCCAUGCUGCUCUUCUUAAAGUCAAAGAAGAAGAAAUGGUGGAAGACAUUCCUUCAGUGAAGUCAUCGAUAAAACGCAUCAUCUCUCAUUCCAGUAAAGUGCUCCGCUUCCCCCUUCCCGAAGAUAAGAAGCUGGAGGACAUCAUCAACCAGAUUAUUAACGUGGAGGCCACCAUUGCCCGAGCUCGGUCACUGAAGGCAAAGUUCGGGACUGAUCGAUGUGAAAAUGCGGAAGAGAAGGACGAUCUGGAGAAGUUUGUGAGUGGUCUCUUGGAGCAGCCUGAAGUGCCCAUCAUCGGAGCGUGCAGGGGUCCGGCCGGGAGCAUCAUCCACAAGAUGUUUGUCAAUGCCCAGCGGGUCACUAUAAUGGCCCCCCUGGAAGAAGAGCCUAAGAGGUCUAGUACGUCAGACGAGAAGAAGCUGCUGUCCGGAACAGAUUUUCCUUCCCCUGCCGGCCGAGAAGUCAUCCUGCGCACCACCGUCCCCAGACCAGCCCUCUAUUCCAAGGCCCUGCCCCAGCGCAUGUACAGCGCCCUCACCAAAGAUGACUUCAGACUUUCAGGAGCUUUCUCCUCAGACACAUCCUUCUUCUAAUGUCCCCCUCAUAGGUCUGGACAGAGCGCUCGUCCAGGGUGAAUGUGGCUUAUUAUAAUGUGAACCUCUGCUUGUAAGAUCACUAUAGUCCAUCUCUUGAGUCACAUCUAUGCACUCCAAAAACGGAGGGGUUUUAUCUACUGGGCACUGAGCAGUCAGUGCUGGAGACUCUGGAGGAAUCAUGGUUUGUCGUUCAGCCAACUAUGGAGAUCAGUCUCUUCUGCAGUCACUUUAUUUAUGGGGAAAGCAACGCUCUGCAGGGGUCAUUGAUGUCUCAGCACCCAUCUACAUUCGGUUCUUGUAGACUCUCUAUAGAUAUCAGGGACGAUUUGUGUUUUUGGGUUAGUUAUUUACUAUUUAAAUUAUUUGUCUCCUUUAAAUUUUAUUGUCUGACAUAAGAUGUGACCUCUGUGAGGGCGGCUGGGUCUCUGCUGCAGUCACCAGCAAUCUCCAGAGAACCUAUACAGUUUUACAUAUUUGUCCCUGAUAACGCCUCGGCGCUUUUCAUUUUUGAGCACGGAGAGCAGAAAAAAAGUGUAGGGAAUGCACCUCCCCAUAAAUAACCGCCCUGAGUCUAGUAGAUGAUUGGUAGAUGUCGGGUUCUUUCUGGAUCCAGCAGCAGUUGAAAACUGAGCUUAUAUAGAUGUCACCGGGCAUUUUACAGUUAGCACCUGGGGAUUAGUGUUAGGGUGCAGAAUAGAUGUUGUGGCCACUUGGGAGACCAAGCUUGUUGGUUGUCGUGGUGUAUCGGUCAGCUCCUGGGCUUCAGUGUCAUGGUGCAUCGGUCAGCUCCUGGGGUUCAGGGACAGGGUGCAUCGGUCAGGUCCUGGGGUUCAGGGACAGGGUGCAUCGGUCAGGUCCUGGGGUUCAGGGACAGGGUGCAUCGGUCAGGUCCUGGGGUUCAGGGACAGGGUGCAUCGGUCAGGUCCUGGGGUUCAGGGACAGGGUGCAUCGGUCAGGUCCUGGGGUUCAGGGACAGGGUGCAUCGGUCAGGUCCUGGGGUUCAGGGACAGGGUGCAUCGGUCAGGUCCUGGGGUUCAGGGUGCAUCGGUCAGGUCCUGGGGUUCAGUGUCGGGGUGCAUCUGUCAGGUUUUAGGAUAUGUCAAUGUGAAUAGAUAAAAUCCAGUGUUAUGAUACAGAACUCGGGUUCAGAUGUUCAGGUAUACUGCAGAGCUUAUGUCCUGGUGUGCAUAAUUCAGGUGCUAGGUUGCAGUGUUACUGUGCAGAGCUCAGGACCUGGGGUGCAUUGUCUUGGUGUUAAAAUGCACCCCAGGAUCGGAGUUCAACGCUGCAGAGUCGUCUUCAGAGCACAGGUCCUGGGGUGCAUUGUAAUGGUACAGAGCUCAGGGCCGGGGGGGGGGGGGGGGGGGGGGGGAGGAAUGUGCACUGCUCUCAUCCUGAUGUGUACACAACAGGAGGACAGUAUACACUCACAGCUUUGCAGUGCUGCUGAUAUCCUCCUGCUUACUCACCGCUGCUCCAUUUGAUGCUGUUAUCCCACUGGUAUCGGAGCACAGGCUGCCUCCCCACAUGCCCAACACAUUGACCUGAUCUGCAUCAGUGUGGCUUCUCUAUUUCAUGUGUAUGAAUAGUUUGUGUGCGGCACUCGCCAGCAGUGAGACGUCCCCGGCCCGUGUAUUUGGCACUAUUCAGUCAUCAGACUGUGCUUUGGUUUCAUAUUAUGUUUAACAUCCAUGAUCUUCUGUUUUAUCUGCAAAAUAAACGUUUCUGAACAUUGGUCUC